GGUCUAUAAUUUGUCAAAAGAAAUACUGGACGAACCUACAAUAAAAGUAUUGUCGAAAGGCUUAAAUUUUGCUAUAACGCCGCAAAAAAUCCCGUACGAGGAAAUUAUCUGUAGUGUUGAGGAUUGUCUGUUUAAGAAUAAUAUCGGUAAAGAGGAUUUAGAGGCUAUACGUCAAGACAUUUCGUCCUUGUUACGUCGAAGUUCAGCGCCGAAACUAAAUCUUCCGAAAGACGAAUUUAAAGCGUUGUACAACUUACGCAACAGACCCGAGCUCACGAUUCUCCGCGCGGAUAAAGGAAAUGCUACGGUAAUAAUGGACACGUCAGAGUAUAAUUUCAAAAUACAACAACUUUUAUCGGACAAAGCUAGAAGAUAACAACAUGCCUACAGAAUAUGCAGUAUUACUCAAACACUGCCUCACAUCUGGCUAUUUAUUGUGGAAAGAAGAGUUCUACAUGCAAGUAGACGGAGUGGCAAUGGGCUCACCUGUAUCUCCCGUAGUCGCCGACAUAUUCAUGGAGGACUUUGAGGAGAAAGCCCUUCUUACUGCUCCUGUAAAUCCAAGAUUCUACAAGCGGUACGUAGACGAUACUUUCACAAUUUUACCAUCUGACAAAGUAACUGCAUUUUUAAACCACCUUAAUUCCAUAAACCCUAAAAUACAAUUCACAAUGGAGUUAGAGGCAAACAAUACUUUAGCUUUUCUAGAAGUUUUAGUCAUCCGAAAUCCUGAUAACACUAUUGGUCAUACUGUGUACAGAAAAAAUACCCAUACCAACCGAUAUUUAAAUGGUGAAUCUCACCAUCAUCCUUCACAGUUAGCUACCGUGGGAAAAUCUUUGUUUCAGAGAGCACGAGGGAUCUGUGACAGAAAACAUCUGGCCGCCGAGCUUCAGCACGUCGAGCAAGUACUGCAAGACAACAAGCUGCGCGCUACGUCACAGUGACCGAGUGAAGCCAGCCACAGUCGAGCGUGUGCCUGCUGUACUACCCUAUGUCAGAGGAGUCACAGACAAGGUUGGCUACAUCUUGAAGCGAGCUUCCAUUAAAACGUACUUCAAGCCGCUGAAGAAGAUUGGUCAAUUAUUACCAUCCGUCAAGUGUCAUAUCCCUCUACAAGAUGCAGGAGUGUACAAGCUGGAUUGUGAAUGUGGUCUCUCGUACAUAGGACAAACAAAAAGAUCUAUUAAAACCCGCGUUAAAGAACAUAUAGCUGACGUGAAGCACCGACGUAUCGGGAAGUCUGCAGUUUGUGAACAUGUUCAGGAUCGUCCCCGUCAUUACAUUGAUUUGAUAGACCACAAAUCCUCGCAAAAGAACACCGAUUCCUCCCAAGGAUGAUUCGCGAGGCUAUUGAAAUUAAAAAACAUCCUAAUUUCAAUAGAGAAGAUGGAUGGGUGCUGCCAUCUGCUUGGGAUCCCAUAAUUAAUAAAAUCAAAUCCAAACCCAAGUAUACCACUGCUAGACUUCAAGAUACUGUAAGCUCAUUCUGCGUAAAUCGAACCAAAAAUUAAUAUUAAAAAACUGAAAGUAGCCGAGCAGGACGUCAAACAACUCAGUCCCCCGUGACCACGGGUGCUGGAAAGCACCCGAAACGUCGGGAAUAUAAAAAUAAGUUAAUAUACGCGAUAAAAUCCGUAAAAUUAGUUUUAUUUAAAAACUUCGUUAUGGUUACACCAGCACCACCCAUAAUACAGAUAAAGCAUCCAUCAGCAUAAAUACAUAAACGCUGAGUAUGUAGUAAUUUAAGUAGACUGUAAGCAUAGGAUUAAGGAUUGUAAAAGACAAUGGUCUGUGAACACGUAGUUUUUAUUUAGUUUUAAGUCUUAGAUUGUAUUUAGUUUUAAAAAAGCUCUCGGCAGCUCCCGCAACUUGACUACUUUCAACAUAGUUUACCCGGAAGCUUUGCGCUGAAGUAUUUUUGUUCUAUAAGUACUUAAGCCUCAUGUGAACGUGAUCUAAACAAUAUUACCAAUAUAUUAACUUAAUAAUACACAAGGAGUUACACGCCAUCCAAAGCCCAGCGACACUAUAACGUAUAUAGGAAUGACGUCUUAUCAAAAGUUGUUUAGUCUGAUGGGCGUUUCCUGUUGACUUACAAAAAUGAAAGAUCUAGAACGUCUCGAAACGUCUCGCGAAUCACGUUGUUUCCGCGUCCCCGGGCUCUUAAAAUUCAACAUCAGACGUUUUAGAUCUUCGAUUUUGACGACCCCGUUGUCGCUGGCAUAAGCAACAGCAUCCGCAUACGAACUCUCGGGCAGAAGCUAGUAUUGAAUAAAAUAUCCCAUGCCAUACUUUCAUAGUAUAUUAUGCUAAGAAAAUAGCUAAAAUAAACCAAACUAGCUAUUUCAACUUUAGCGAUGCUUCAACUUUCGACGUCUGCUUACCUCAAACAGCUAAAACUAAGUCAGUUGGCCAACUUAGAUAUAAUUUGGCCCCAUUAUAGCUUCGCGUCAAUAAUAAUUCCAAGACUAUUCCAAUUCCCUAUUUUCUACCGACUUAAAAAAGGGGGAGGUGCUCAAUUCGACUGUAUAUUUUUAUGUGUUUUACCUCAUAACGUUUUUCUAGGUGAACCGAUUUCGAUGAUUCUAUUUUAUUUAAAGUUGGUGAUUCUCAUUAGGUCCCAUAUAAAUUUGAUCAAGGUCUGACCAAUAGUUUUUGGGUUAUUCUUUAUAAUUUUAUUCUUUAUAAUUUAUAUUGAAAUCGGUUGUACAACAUUUUAAAAUUUAAAUUAUUUUAUUUAGAAUAUGGAUGACAACGAGCACUCAAUCACACACUGAUGGUAAAUGGACACUGUGGCACCACAGACAUCCACAUUUAAUCUCGAUUAGGAAUCAAAAUGCAGGAGCGUUCACCUCUGAAGGCUAAUGAAAUUCCCCGUAUCCAGUAAAAAAAAUGUCUCCGGUUCCCUACGCUCUCCAUACGAAACACAGCAGCAUUAAGCUGCUAUUUGACGCUGGUCUUCUGUGAAAGCGUGGUCCUUCAGCGUUCGAGCCGGAUCAUUCGUGCUACAACCACAAUAUAGCUGCAGCAUGGGUCUAAUGCACAUACGUAUAUCUGUCAGACUGGAACAUAGCAGUGCAUGCACUACUUUUUGGCAGCAGAAAUAGGUACAAAAGGUACCAACUAUGAUGGACUUUUAGACAAAGGGUCUACUUGCUAGUGAACAGUUAAAUAUUAUUUGCCUACGCCUAUUACCUGACCAUCUCUAUCUGCCCACCGGCACGGUCCCAUGUUGCCCUGGUACUUGUAGGUCUGAUGUUUAUGUGAUACAUAUAGCAAAACAAUAUUAUGCUAGUUGCAAAGCCUGUUCUCCGAGCUUGUGCAAUGUGAUAGUUCAAUAAUGUUACAGCAAUCUGCAACAAUAGACUUGACUGGUCUGGAUGACUCUUUCACUUCAGGAAACACAGUAAGGAUUAAAUGCAGUAAAACCAAAUUGAAGAAGUAUAUAAAAGUUAAUAAAUACAUAAGGAAAGUACAAAAAUUAAUAAGAAAUAAGAUUAAUACCAAAAAUUAUGUUAAUGUAUGUAAAGAAAAGCAAGCAUUUUUAUAUGAACUUAAGUUGUAUUCAAUUGAGGUGGAUAACAUAAAAAAAAUGUUAUGAGACUGAAAUAGAGUGCCUUAAAUCAGAAAUAUUAUCACUUAUUAACUCCCUUCAAACUGUAUCCAAUAAGUUAAUAUAAAUCAGCCCAAAAUAAAAUAAAAGAACACAUAUUGUCUAUGGAUAAUCUGGUAAAGACUUGUAAACAUAAUGAGGAGCAGUUUGACUCCUUAGUGACUCCUCAAUGUGAGUGUCAGCGUUCAAUGCCAGAUUCUUCAGUCAGUAUGUGCUGAUAAUAUUAUACCACCACCAAAACUCUAUGACAGUGCCAUAGCAGAGGAUAUUAAAAUAAGAAAUAACUAAAAUAUUACGAAAAAUAAUAUAAUUGUGUAUAGCGAUGACAUGGGAAAAAUUCUAGGCAUAACUUUAAAUAACUCUUUAAAGGGACAAAAAGUUACAAAUUGCUGCAUGCCUGGAGCAUCUUUUAGUGACAUCCUAAAUAAAAUUAUUGUUACUAAAUUUUGCCCAAAUAGUACAAUAAUAUUUUUUGUUGGUAGAAGAGGCAGUGUAAACAACAAACAGUUAUUAAGAUAUAUUGAACAACUUAAUAACUCAAAUGUACACAAAAUUGUUUUGUUCACACUGCCUUAUUUAUAUACAGGGAUUGCCACAGGAAAAUAAUUUAAGACAUAAUUUAAAUAUACAAAUGCAUAAUUUAAUAUGUAAUAAUAAUUUAAAUUUGACAUAUAAUUGUAAUGAUAAUAAUCAUAAAUUUCAUGUAAUUGACAUAAAUAAUUUAUUAAAAAAAUUUUGGACAAAAGAUAGGUAUUACCUAUCCAAAUAUAAUUUAAGACUGGUAGCAAAUGUACUAUCUUAUUAUUUACUUUUUAACUCAUCCAAGUUUUUGGCUACCAAGACUGCUUUUAUUGAGCAUAAUCAUUUGACAUUUAAUUUGGAAUCAGUUCCAACUAAUUUAAAUUAGUGAAUGUGACAAUAGAGGCAAUCUCUAGCAAUAAUAAGAGUUUAAUUAAUUUUGAAUACAGCCCACAAAUAAGUAAUAAAAUUGUUUACACCUGGUGCAUCAAAAUAUACAAGGCAUGAUGGGCAAAGAAUUGGAAGUUGAAUUGUUUUUAAAUAGUAACAAUAUACACAUCCUUUGUAUUACUGAACAUUGGCUAAAAGAUUAUAAUUUCAUGUUUAAUUUCAGAAAUCACCAGGUGGUCAGUUCCUUUAAUAGAUAAAUAGUUUACGUGAUGGCUCCUUAAUAUUAGCAGAUAAGUCAUUAUUAUAUAAAGAACGUAAGGAUAUUGUGAGCCUCUCUGUAGAGUGAAUUGUAGAAAUGGCUUGUGUCAAGCUCGAGCACUUCAUUGUUGUAAGUGUUUACAGACCCCCAUGUGCUACUUAUGACUAUGUUAAAAGGAUUGUGGAAGAAGUUUUACUCAAACAUAGUAAACAGAACAAGUCUGUUGUAAUAUGUGGAGACUUUAACAUCAAUCUCCUUGAAACUUCUUCCAUUAGUAUUAAGUUUAGCUCAUUGCUUAAAUCGUAUAAUCUUGUUACUUUAUUCUUAGAACCAACACGUAUUGCUGGGCCUAGUGCGACCUGUAUAAAUAACAUUUUUACAGAUGUUAAGCCCUUGCAUAAAUCAAUUAUACAAAAUUUAAGUUCAGAUCACUGUGGACAGUUGGUAUCACUACCUUACAUACAC